ACCCGCCGGAAAGGGCAGGGCCGCGCGCUUGAAAUCCCUUGCGCUGCUCUCACGUCAGCAGUAGAGGGCGGAAGUGCAGACUGCAGGAUGCGGUUCCUGGUUGCGUUGCUCCUGCUGAGUGUCGCAGUGGCGAGAGUUCAGCCGGACAAUUCUAAGCCAGACAGCGUCCCAGAUAAAGGUGAUCCUCCGAUUCAGUCCUCACACUCCAAACCCACGUCCCUGCCUUCUGAGGAGACAGAGUCUUCUAAGCCGGGAGAGACUAGCAGUCAGAGGCAGCAGCAGUCCGCUAAAGAAGACCCAGAAAAACCGGGGGGAUCGACUACCCCAGCAGUUUCCAAAUCUGCGGAAUCUGGACAGCAGACCACUGCCCCCAAUCUCCAGUUGGUUGAAUCCCCAAAGCAGCCUGGAACUACAGAUACCAAGUCGACGAACAUUGCACAGAAGCCCCUGUCAUCCGACUCCCAGGGAGAGUCUGGGCAAAAGCUCACAAAAGGUAGUUCUGAUAAGCCCACAAAUGAAUCUGACAAGCCCGCAAAUGAUGAUUCUGACAAGCCCGCAAGUGAUGGUUCUGACAAGCCUACAAAUGAUGAUUCAGAGAAGUCCGUAAAACUCGAUACAGACAAGCCCACCUCCAAAUCUUUUGAAGAUAAGGAGUCCCCCAAGAAUGACAACAUCCAGCCAGAAGCAAAUGGACAGAAACCAACGCCUACUUCCAAAACUGAAUCUGGGGAGAGAGUGGCAGGGGACUCUCCCCAGCUGGAGGGAAGAGAGAAGUCUUCAGAGCCUUCUGAAGAUGUGGAAACCAAGGAGGUGGAAGAGGCUGAGUCUGAGCCAGAAGAGACCUCACCACUUGAAGAAGAGAAUGAGAAGGCGCUGGGCCCUUCCUCCGGCGAGAAGCGAGAGGGGACACUCACGGAGUCUGUGAAUGAUGACCUGUAUAAGGACAAUUCUGGGAGCACCAGUGCACAGAGCAGUCACUUCUUCGCCUAUCUGGUGACCGCAGCUGUUCUUGUUGCUGUACUCUAUAUUGCUUACCACAACAAACGGAAGAUUAUUGCUUUUGCCCUAGAAGGAAAAAGAUCCAAAGUCACUCGAAGGCCGAAGGCCAGUGACUACCAACGUUUGAACUUAAAGCUCUGAAUUUUUGUCUGCAAGAACCUUGUCCUCCCUGCUGAUUUGUUUCCGAAUCAAGAGAUGAAGAGACUGUGACCUCCUCUGGGGUUUGUUGGCAAGUCUGGGCUGGCAGAGAUGAGAUUGCUUCAGGUUUUGCACCUGCACUUUGGCGACAUUGUACUCUGGUGAUGUCUUAUUUACUUUGUGUUCCCUUUAUGCUAGUGUGUUCCAUCAUCCUUUCUUCCUUAGAGUACAAGUGGGGGGAACAUGUGGGAACAUGGCUGUGACCAAAGGAAGACUCCACCCUAGGCAGGACACAUGGUGGACCACCCUCCCAUAGCUUCUUUAUCUUUAACUCUAGGAACAAACUGUAGAGAGGUACUUUCUAGACAAGGUGUAGAUGGUGGGUGGGGAGCUGAUGGGUAGAGAGGGGUUUCAACACUUACUCUCUACAGCGGCCUCAGCUGUAAACCAGAAUAGCAAGUUUAAAGAGUGUUAAGGUCUGUUCCAUCUGACAGUCUAUAUUUUUCUGAAAGUUUACACUCUUUGGUUGUACUAGCAUAAAAGGGAACUCAGGGUUUCACUUCCAUGGGAAUUUUUUUUAAGUAUGGUGAUGAUCAUUUGGCCACCCCAAUAGGAACUGCUUGAAAAGGGGCAGGUUUAUGCUUUGUGGAAGAAAACACAUAGGAGUGAUUUGGACUUCAGGAAAGGUUUUUCCACAAACUCAGCUUGCCUUUAUUGCCUACCUUAGAUGGACAAAUACUUAGGAACUCACUGCACUCUCCACACUUUUCCUUGCUCUGUUUAAUGGUCCUCUCAUCCAAGACAUCAAAGGAAUGAGUAAAAUCUUUUCUGUCCUGUGACAUCUGGUUGUAAAACUGUAAGAAACCAAGUAGGUUCCCUGAGAUAACUGAGGAUGUCUUGGAUUAUGCUGUGUCUGGAGGUCCUGUCUAUGUGGUCAUGACUAAACAGAGUCUCCACUAAUCUCAGGGAUGUGGAAAGUGGGAGGGGGAAACUAGGAGUCCUAUGCUGUUGGAGAGAUCAGCCCGAAAAAGAAAUGGUCUUGGAGUUCUUUCCCCAUGCUGACUGUAGUGUGUGCUUUAAGCUUUUAUUCUUGGCAGGGGCCACUUUUGGACAGGAGAUCAUUGCUACUGUUCUCUCAGCUGUGCACAAGUCUUCUGUUGCUUUUUCCAAGCUGAGGAAGCCCUUCUCAGUCUCCUUCAGCCUUCUCCAACACUACUCUAGCCCCCCAUUUUCAUUUUCCCUUCCUCUGUAGGCCCGUUUGUGUGCUUCUGCAGCCUGUAUGAGUGCCCACACCUAUCCUGCUCUAGUUGGUGUUGCUUCCAUUCCCUUGCUUGCUCUACCUGACAGUUACAGGCUUGUAACUCCUCUUCCUUUUUCUCAAGGUUCCUCAGUUGACACAUCAUCCAGUUCAACAGCUCGUUGUCACAGCUUGCUCUUAACACUUGGUAAUAAUGGAUGCUUGGGCUCCAUGCAUGCCAAUUUUCUUAGUGUCUCUUGCAAAUUGUCCUUUGCCUUAUCUUAUGGGGGGAGGGGAAGAGGGUGCCCAGGUCUUACUGCUUUGACUGUCUUCAAUAAAUCCACCCAUUCUUCAUCUUCUCCUUGAUUCUCAUCUUUAUCUUUGGCCUCCUUCCCAAAAACCCAGUUCUGCUAUCUGCUAAACAACUCAGCCACAUUGUCUGGUUGUCACUCUUGUACCUAUCAAAUUCCUCUGUCUAUACUUACGUUUAAUUAUCUGAAAACUCUAUACUACAAACUAUCAACAUUUUUCUUAUCACAGGAGUCCCAUUUCUUUCUGUUUUUAAAGAAACUCUAAUUAGGUAUACUCUCCAUUAAUUUUCAGGAACCACCUGAAUUGGGUUUCUUGACCUUAUUAGUUUUGGAAGCAUCGAUCAUUUCAGAAUGUGCGCUUCUGUCUGAAGUUGUAUUCUAGACUGCAGAUUCCUUCUUGGCCUCACCAUCUGACACUCCCUCUUGCCUCUGCCCUCAGCAAAGCCUUUGUUCCAGCUUCUUGUGGUUGCUCUGUGGUUAGGCUCCCCCCUCCUUUCAGUUUACCCAGGUCUUUGUGUUUUGAAGGACUCAGCUCACAUGCUUAUGUUCCUCCUAGCUUCAACACAUUUGAUUGUUUUUUUCCAUUCCAUGCUGAUAGCUCUUAACGUCUCCCUUAUCUUAGAACUCCAACAUGACAUAGUUCUGAUGUUGCUUCGAUCUCCCUAAGAAAACUAAGCCCCGAGAGACAGUCAUUGACAUUGCUCUAUGUGCCAGGGGCCUCAGGGGUUACGUUUCUUGUUGGAGAUGUAACUGAAACCGGGGCUCACACAGCUCUUCCUAGCUACUGCUUGCUGUGGCCUUAUACUUGUUGACUUUUGCUUUUGAAGGGCAGGAAGAAAGGUUGAUUUUCAGGAACCAAGAUUGACAGUGAGUGGAUGGACACAAGAAGUUUUGCCACAGUCUACAAAGCCUCACCCUUUGGGCUGCAGACAGUACAGUAGAGUUUGUUUCACUUGAGAAGUUGCACUGAAGGAGGUGGCUCCCACCAAAGAAAAGGCAUUUUCAGGCGUGUGUUUUUGAAGGUAGAAUAUUUAAAGCAUAUUUUCCUAGAGAGCGUAUGGAUGGUGAUGGCCUGGCUGAGGCUUCUAUACCAGAGGCUGGGCUGGCAUAUGGGAAGCACAUAAAGCCUAAAGUAGCAUUCCUAUAGACAAUAAUGUUCUGAGUGUGCUUUCCUGCGCAGCUUUUGGCUACGAGCAAUUUCUUACAGAGAACCUGCUUGCAUCAUAACAGUUAAUAGUUUGUUUUCCUGCUAUGGUUUAUAGAAGUUCUGGACCAAACAACUAACUAAAUGUGCUAACACAUUUUUCCCUGGAGACAGAGCUUUGUACCCUUAAGAAUUCCCCUGCUAUGAAUGCUCUUUCUUCUUUCUUCACCAAGGCAUAGUGUGCUUUGCACAAGUCUGAGCCAUUUGAAUGUAGAGAAGGGUAUGUCAAGCCCCGGGCCAUGUGGCCCUGUGAAGCAGUUUUCUCAAAACUCUUGGUAGGAAAGUUGUUUGGCAUUGCCUUAAGAAAGUUGUAAAGAACUAGAGAGAUGGCUCAGAGGUUAAGAGUUCUUCCAAAGGCCCUGAGUUCAAUUCCAAGCAACCAAAUGGUGGCUCACAACCAUCUAUAGUGAGAUCUGGUGCCCUUGUCUGGCACGCAGCACACAUGCAGGCAGAACACUGUAUAAAUAAUAAAUUUUUGAAAGAAAGGAAGGAAGGAAAAGAAAGCUAGCUGUAAAGAGUCUGGUGUGGUGAUGCAUGCCUUUAAUCCCAACACUCAGAAGACAGAGGCACCAGGAGGCCAAAAGGAGCAUGAGGCCAGAGCAUGGUCUAGAAUAGCAAGUUCCAGGCAGCCAAAGUUAGAAAGUGAGAGCCUGUUUCAAUAAACGAAAGAAAGCUGUAAAAUGUUAAAAUUUAAUCUAACUAUUUCAGGAUGACUCAGCUCAUUUAGUUCCUUGCUCAGAUGUGACUCUUAAGUAUUUAAGCUUAGAAACUCUGUAGUUUGGACCUCAGCUUGCAUAGCAUAGCAAACUACCCAUGAAGCUGGCCUCCUCACACUGUGAUAGGAAUUUAAUUCAGACUACCAUGUUAAAUAAAUGAAUGUUGACAUUAUUUUCCUUGUCUUGUUUGCCCAAUUAGUAGAUUGCCACUGUUAGCCAUGUUUUGUAUUUCUAUCUGUUUUGAAACUUAACUAUAAUGGCUUAAUUGUAUUUUUUUAAAGGUUAUUGUGGUAUAAGUAUUUUUCAGCGUAUUUUACUGAGCUUCUGUAAAUGGCAUCUCAGUGUAGUUUCAUAUCAUUAUUGAACAAAAACCAAAAUAAAAUUCAGAUAUCAAAGCAUUGAAACAUUA